CCACAACUUCCCUCCGGAUAAUCCACGCGGCGGUCCACCAGGGCGCACAACAAGCUGCCUGACUUUCCCAGCUCUCAAUGUGCACAGAUCCUGCACCUGAUAUAGAUAUCUUCCAUAUGAACGACCCAUAAUCGGCACGACUUGGAUCAAUAACCCGCCCCUCCAUCGCUGCGGGCAUCCCCCACUAUGGAGAGGCAACGGAGACGAGAACUGCGCGAGCUAAAUGCCAGGGCAUGGGCUGGCGAACAAGAUGUCUUCCCGGUCGGUUCCUCGCUCGACUCUUCCAUGAAGAAGAACACCGCCUUCAUUAAACGCCUUCGAACCGCUAUCAACCCCACCUCGCAAGCCCAGUUCCUGCAGGAAAUCAAAACCCUCUCCCUCCACAAAUAUCUCUCCGAAAUCAUCACCGCCUGCUACGAAGGCUUAUGCAAGCUCAAGACACCAGGUGAAAUUGCAACAGGCGUCGAGGUUGUCAGCGCUCUCCACCAGCGCUUUGGACCCGAGGAUUUCACCGGGUACAUUGCAUGGUAUAUUGGGAGGGGACUGAGCACGCCCGAUAAGGCACACCUGAAGGCCUUGGCACAGGAUGUUCGCGAGAAGGAGGAGAAGGAACGGAUCGCUCGGCAACGUGUGCUCUUGCGCGUUGCCACCGAGCUGUGGCUCGUUGGUGUCUUGAGGAGCUUGGACGACUGUGUGAGACCAGAGGAAGCCACAAAAGGGAAGGAGAGUAAUAAAUUGGUGGAGGGAUCAAAGAAGGCAGCGGUUAAUGGCGACGUCGAUGCUGAACCUUUCCCGCUCGAGGUUCUGAAGGAUAUGCUUGGCCAUGACCGAGAGCACGCCAAUCUACCGCUCGUUGUCAUCUUCGUCAAGGCGUUCGGUUGGGAUAUUUUGGGUGCGCGGAAUACUUCGGCCGAGGGGCGAAAAACCGUUAACGAGGAUGGCACUACGACCACCGACAAACAGGACGAGCAGUCUGCGACCGAAGAAGACGAGUCCGCGGCACAGGACCCUCCCAUCUGCUCGCCCGAAAUGCAACAGCGCUUCAAGAACAUCCUAACCCGCUACUUCGAAGACGUAAAAUCGCACCUAGUACGCGACCAGAAGCAUUUGGUCAACCAGGGACGCAAGAACGCGGAAGCCUAUGUCAAGUCUGGCGAAGUCUUCGAGGACCGCCAGGCCAACUAUGAGAGGCAGGUGAAGGCACAGGAGAAGCUGGCUUCGAAUGCGCAGGUUCUGGCUGAUGCUUUGGGUGUCGAAAUGCCGGAUCUGCAAGAGAAGGAAUCUUCGGCAAAUGCAGGUGACGGCUCAAUCGGUCUGGUGAAGGCUGCGGAGUAUCUGCGUGGCCAGGGUGAUGGGCCGGGUAUCUGGGAGGACGAGGAGGAGCGUCGCUUCUACGAGAAUCUGGUGGAUUUGAAGGACCGCGUACCGGGGAUCCUGCUGGAAGAACCUAAGAAGAAGAAAGCCGAAGACGAGCAGGUGGGCAAGAAGGUGGAGGCCAAGGCAGGCGAGGAGCCCAAAGAGACACAGGCCGAGCCUAAGGCGAACGAAGCCGAUGACCUGUCUACUGCGAUCGCAAACAAGUCUGUCGGAGCCCAGGUGGACGCGCUUCUGGCCCGAUUACCGGAGCUCAACACCAAGGAUUCAGUUGACCAGGCGGCUAUCGAUUUUUGCUUUUUGAACUCCAAGGCCUCCCGAAACCGGCUGAUCAAAGCUGUACAAGAUAUUCCAAAGGGUCGCUCUGACUUACUUCCUCUCUACUCCAGGCUGGUUGCUACUCUCAACAAGUACAUGCCUGAUGUCGGCCAAGGCCUUGUUGCGCAUCUCGACGAUGAAUUUCGCAGUCUUCAGCGCCGCAAGUCCAAGGACUUCCUGGGCCAGGUCCGGACCCAGAAUGUGCGGUAUCUUGCUGAGCUCACCAAAUUUGGUGUCGUCCCCGAGCACGUCAUCUUCCAUUGCCUCAAGGUUAGCUUGGACGACUUUUCACGCAUGAAUAUUGAAAUCAUCUGCAAUCUGCUGGAAAGAUGCGGCCGAUACUUACUCCGUAACCCCGAGACAGCUCCUAGGAUGGCCUCUUUCCUCGAGACCUUGCAACGGAAGAAGACGGCACAAGUUCUUGGUCAACAGGAGCGGAUGCUAAUCGAAAAUGCCGUCUACUAUGUUAACCCACCCGAGCGCGCCGCUAUUGAACAAAAGGAGCGGACACCUAUCGAGCUCUUCUUGAGAAAGCUCAUGUAUGAGGACCUGAGCCGACGAACGCUUGAGAAGACCGUGCGCCAGAUCCGUAAGAUGCAUUGGGAGGAAGAUGAGAUUGUCAGGCUCCUGCACAAGAUCUUCACGAAGCCUAGCAGGAUCAAGUACAGUAAUAUCCACCUUUUGGCCAACAUUCUGACCUCGAUCCGCCGUUAUCACGAUGCAUUUGCGGUAUCGGUAAUCGAUGACAUUCUGGAAUCCAUUACUUUUCACCUUGAGCUCAAUGACUUCAGAUUCAAUCAGCGCCGGAUUGCAGACGUGAAGUAUCUUGGAGAGCUCUUUGUCUACCGGAUGGUUGACACCACGCUCAUUAUCGAGACUCUUUACAAGCUCCUCAGCUACGGUUACGAAGGCGGUUACGCUCGGCCUGGUCUCAUCAACCCAUUAGACUUGCCUGACGACUACUUCCGGAUCCGUCUGGUUUGCAACCUGCUGGAGACCUGUGGCAUGUAUUUUGAGAAGGGUUCCGCAAAGAAGAAGCUCGAUUUCUUCCUGACCUACUUCCAAUUCUACAUCUGCCUGAAGGACCCUCUCCCAAUGGACGUUGAGUUCAUCGUGCAGGAUGCAUAUAAUGCAACCCGACCAAAUUGGAAGCUCAUCACCACCUUGGAGGAAGCUUCUCGUUCUUUUGCCGAAGUCGUCAGGGAGAACUACAAACCCUCAGAGGCAGAUAAGCCUGCUGAGGUUGACGAUGAGGAUGAGUCAAGUUCCGACGAUGACGCUGAAGGACCUGAUGAUGACGAGAUUGUCGAACCCGAUGGGGAUGAUGAGAAGGAAGAGGCGUCUGGAGAAGAUGUCGAGGUUUGCUCCCCUCCUACUAACCUAUGUCCUUCGUCAUUGACGCAGUCUUACCAGGGUUCUGGGGAUGAUGAGUCCGGACACCGUAUCUCGGAUGACGAGGAAGAACAGAUCGUCGUCACUCGCCCAGAAGACGAACGUGACCCCGAAGCUGAGGCUGAGUUUGAUCGCGAGCUCGCGAAGCUCAUGUCCGAGAGCGUGGAGUCGCGGAAGUUUGAGCGGAAACCCGUCUUCGAUGUUCCUCUGCCACUGCGGAGCAACCGCGAGGUAGAGGCGAAUACUGACGAGGCUGGCGAAUCUGCCGCUCCCGCUACACCGGCGAACACGAUGAAAUUCUCGCUCCUCAGCAAACGCGGGAAUAAGCAGCAGACUCGUGCCAUUGACCUCCCGUCGGAUUCCAGCUUUGCCAUCUCUAUGCUUAGCAAACAGCAGGCCCAACGGGAGGAGCAACAGCGGAUCAAGAAUCUCGUUCUGAACUACGAUCUUCGGGACGACAACGACACAGAUGGCCUCGACAAAACGCAUAAUCCCUAUGCGCAGCCGCGCAUCGAUAAGGCGGGGAAUACCCGCAGCAAUCAGCGUGCGAGAAAGUUACAGCUCAACGAUAUCAAUUGGACGUGAACGACUUGGACAUUACACGAAUCAUGCUAUUCGAGAAACCUACUUAACAUGGUAACACCGCUACGAUGAAGCGAGCGAGAGGGGCAGGCUACUGCUACCUUCAGGCUUUGUCUUGGGCAGCAGUCCGCCAGCGCCAUCCAUCACUCCUUCGUUGAGCGAGCCAGUAUUUCCCACGCCACCGCGUACGUUGGCCAUGGGAAAUUACUGCGUGUGCUGGGCAUCCUCUCUGCCUCUUCGAGCCCUUUGUCGGCUGCGUGGGAGGCGGGUAUGUCCAUCCGGCAAAGACGGAGUGGGAAAGACGGAGAUUUUAUGUGAGUGUAUGUUUGCCUUUGGUGUUUUGGGCGGGGAGACGAAAAAAAUGGAGGGGAUGUGUGCAAGCGUCCCGAGUGGAGAAAGUGUGAAGGUGUAGCUGUGUCACAUCAAUCGGUGGGAUGCGAAUACGAUCCUUUUUUGGUGUGA